AUGUAUUUACAUUAUGUUGAUGACAUACUGCUUCCAUGGGAAGGCUCUACUAAAGAUUUAGAACAAUUUAUUCAAGCGUUGGCCUCUGUUUAUCCUUCUAUCAACUUUACAGUAGAGGAAGAACAAAAUGCCAGAAUCUCUUUCUUAAAUCUAGAAAUCCAUACAUCUUCUGAGCUCCUAUUUUCUGUACAUCAUAGAAACAACAAUGCACUGCAAAUUAUCCCUUCAACAGCCUUCCGACCUUUAAACUAUAUGAACUCUGCCAUAACUUCCCUCAUGCGGAGGGCUUACCUCCUCCCUUCCAACCAAGCACUAGUGGAAGAAGAAUUGCAACUCGUUAGCAGAGCUAUGCAAAAAGCUGGAUAUUCUAGAUCUAAAUUCCACUUUCUCCAAAAUUGUGUUAAAAACAAACUAUUUUCACAGUCUUUUAUUACUAACAUAGAAGAUCUAAAAAUAGCACAUCCUCUGAUACCGUUUUUAGGCCCCAUCUCUCUAAAAAUAGUACAUCUUUUUAGAAUGAAUGGUUUUAUUUUACCGUUAACUACACAACCAACACUAAGAAGAUUGUUAUGCAAUGACAGAGAUAUUUUUAAAUUGAAUGAAAAAUCUGGGUUCUAUCAAAUUCCACUAAAACGUGAUAUGUCAGGAGAAGAGACCAGCUACAUGGGGCCACAGCCAGAAUGUUAA